AUGGAGCAUCAGCAAUCGGACAUCAAAAGCAACGGCUCUUUAUCCUCCACCUCCUCCUCCUUCUCUGACCUCCAGUACCAAUCGGGCUUCCACAACCACUUCUCCUCCGAAGCUCUCCCCGGAGCUCUCCCCCACGGACAGAGCAGCCCCCUUCUCUGCCCGUACGGCCUCUACGCUGAACAAAUCUCCGGCACCUCCUUCACCUCCCCUCGCAAGCUCAACCUCCGAUCAUGGCUCUACCGCGUCAAGCCCUCCGUCACCCACGAGCCCUUCAGGCGGCUCGAGCCGAGCCACAGAAAGCUCGUCUCCGAGUUCACCCAGGCGAACAGCUCCACCACGCCGACUCAGCUCCGGUGGAAGCCCGUCGAUGUACCCGAGUCCCCCACCGACUUUGUUGAAGGGUUGUUCACCGUGUGUGGCGCCGGGAGCUCGUUCCUCCGCCACGGUUUUGCUAUUCACAUGUACACUGCCAACAAAUCAAUGGAUAAUUGUGCGUUUUGCAACGCGGAUGGCGAUUUCUUGAUCGUUCCCCAGACUGGAAGGCUCUGGAUCACUACCGAAUGCGGAAAGUUACAAAUUUCUCCUGGUGAAAUUGCUGUAUUACCUCAAGGAUUUCGUUUUGCGGUUGAUCUGCCUGAUGGCCCUUCGCGUGGUUAUGUGGCCGAGGUUUUUGGCACCCAUUUUCAACUCCCUGAUCUUGGACCAAUUGGAGCGAAUGGUCUCGCUGCUCCAAGGGAUUUUCUUGUUCCCACUGCGUGGUUCGAAGAGAGUUCCCGACCUGGCUACAUCAUUAUACAGAAAUUUGGUGGUGAACUCUUUACUGCAAAGCAAGAUUUCUCUCCCUUCAAUGUAGUUGCUUGGCAUGGCAAUUAUGCUCCAUAUAAGUAUGAUCUGACUACGUUCUGCCCCUUUAACACUGUUUUAUUUGAUCACGGUGAUCCAUCGGUGAAUACAGUUUUGACAGCGCCAACUGAUAAACCUGGUGUUGCAUUACUUGAUUUUGUCAUUUUCCCUCCGCGAUGGUUGGUUGCUGAGCAUACAUUCCGACCUCCAUACUAUCAUCGUAAUUGUAUGAGUGAGUUUAUGGGUCUCAUCUACGGUGAAUAUGAGGCAAAAGCCGAUGGUUUUCUUCCUGGUGGUGCAAGCCUUCAUAGCUGCAUGACUCCCCAUGGUCCUGAUACCAAAACAUAUGAGGCUACCCUUGCGCAUGGAAAUGAGGCAGGACCAUUCAGAAUCACUGAUACUUUGGCUUUUAUGUUUGAAUCGUGUUUAAUCCCCAGAGUAUGCACAUGGGCUCUUGAGUCUCCUCUCAUCGUUCAUGAUUAUUACCAGUGCUGGACUGGACUGAAAUCACAUUUCACACGUGGAAGGGUGAAUGCUGAAGACGGAGAUGUCCAGAAUGGGAAGGAGGAUUAAAGUGGAGACUGCCAUGGCUAGUUUAGACGAAUUGAAACUAUAGCUUAUACAAAGACUGUAAGCAAUACAACUCUACUGAGUAAAUAGUACAAUAAUACUAGUGUUAGUGUACCAAAUAUGCUUAUUUGUAACCACUUCUGUAUUAAGGCACUCUGCAAUGAAUAAGUCUUUCGUUA